AUGAAGAAUGGAAAGACCAUGGACUGUUUCUGGAUCCACACUGUCAACAGCAUUUUCCUUCCCUUAAAUACAACAGGAACCAUUGUCGAGGCUCUCUUACAAUGCUAUAAUUAUCCCAUUCCCAUCGCCAAAAUACUCCAAAGAGUCGUCACCUUGAAGAGGCUCGCACAGCCCGUGUCACCGGCGUUGAAGGAGAUUCAUGAGUGGUACAAGUCUGGAUGGGGGAAUUCGGUCACCCUUGCCACGCGAAUCACUCAACAAAUGCAAGCUCUCCAACACCAGCUAGCGUGUACACUGGCUCAGCUGAGUGGUUGUGGUACUAUAGACCAGGAGAUUUCGUUCACGCUUAGACGACUGAUCCUUUCACCUCAGCUCGAUCUUUCCCAAACAGUAGCAAGAAAGAGCAUUAGCAAUGAUGGGUUGCUGAGCUGGCUUCAUGUCGAUGAUGUUUUCGAAAGGGAUAGCUUGAGUCGGGACUGGUGGGUCAUUUAUGGUCGUAGUAUUAAACGAGAUUUGUCGGUGCUCACAACAUUUUCACGUAGUGAUCGCGGUGCGGUCAAGAUUCAUAUUGCAAAUCUAGUGGAAGCACGUGGAAAUUGUCCUUUCAUUCUGCAGCCUCCUAAGAUACCUUUCCCACGUCCCGAUUACCUCCUAUUUCUUGCUUUAACUCUAGUUAGGCCACUGUUGCACACUCAAUUGAUGGAUCAACUUCGAUAUAUACAUAGCGGCCCAUCGGAAAUGCGUAUGUAUGUACUACCCAUGUUUAAAGCCCACCACUGGAAUAAUGACCCGGUGAACGGCCUGGAACUGCAAGAGGAUGGGAGUGUUGGCGCGAGGAAUGCCUUUUCCACUGCUUUUUCUCAAUAUUCAGACUGCGCUGAGCUACAGAGUAUCGAGAUGAUGUAUGUGAUAAGACACCGUACAAGCAGUAGCAGAGUCGCGGAUUUAGAUACGCUGCUCCUAGGCAUGCCGAACGAACAGGGUGCUCACCCCGAUACGAAAUCCUACCCCUCACUAACGAACUCUCCGGUCCUAUUUCCCCCCGGCACAAAAUCCAGGAAAAUCCAGGAAACCCCUGACCCACCGAACCUACGACAUCUAGUCGCCUAA